CCUGCGUUCCAAUCUUGUAUUCGUAACUCGUUCUGCGACACGCUAACGUGCAUCUGGUGAAACAGCUCCGACGUCGGACAAUGUAAUAGCCGUAUCAGUAGUAACAUAGAGUGGAGUAAAUAUAGAAGAUAUCUUUCGAAAAGACCGCCAAAGGAAAUCGAUACUGAACGACGGCGGCGCUCAUGAGUCUCAGACCGAUAGCGUGAUCACUCGUAUAUGCUGCGUAAUAUCACAACUUUAUCUUCAUUAAAAAAGAAAGGAAAUAUAAUUAUAUACAUCGUAUUCAUGAGAAUACGCGCGCAUUCUAAAUAAACACAUGUACAGUGCCUGUAUCAAAUCAUCAAGUGCAAGUAAGAUCCAAGUGGCAGCAUUAACUGGGUCCAACGACUGCAACCACAUCUGUUCACCAACAGGAAGAUGCGCAUGCGUAAAAAACUUUUUUCGAUUGAAGAGACGGUUAGCGAGAUGCAAUCACAAAUGAUCAUGAAACCGCAAGUUGGACGAAGAAUGCUGUUCACCACAAGAUAUGCUAAUUUUUGGGUGAAAAUACUUCAAAAAAAGAAGAAGAAACCGUUGGCAUCAGAGGUCCUAACGAGCUACCUAUUGCAAACCGGCGAGCCCCCCUGGACCUCGUACUUUGUCCGAUACGCCGACGUGGUGAACGAUCAACGGGGAAUGUCACACUUUAACUGGCCGGCGGGUGACAGUAAUUACCACGUGCUUAGGACCGGCUGUUUCCCGUACAUCAAGUAUCACUGCAGCAAACGGCCGGUGCAAGACCUUAGCGGCGAGGACAGAUUCUUCAAGGCGAUCAAGAUAUUGAACCUUGGUAUCCCCACCCUGAUGUACGGACUGGCGGCGACGCAGCUUAUCCGACACCACGAGAUUGUGAAGACGCCUCAAGGAGACGUGACAAUCCACUUCUUGCUACCAGAGGACAAAGGCGCGUCCUACUAAGAUCGCAACUAGCACCAUAUUUAAUACCUAUUCGAGUUUCUCAUGUGAAAUGUCAUGAUGGACUUUAAUGAAAUACGAAGUCGAAUGAUUGCUACAUAUUUUUUAAUCUUCAUAAUGUUAUUCAUUAGUCUGGUGAGUCUUCAAAUACAAAAUAAGGAGAGAAUCAAGCGGCGUUCAAGACUCAGCCAGUUCUGUUUAUUUAUGACAGAUGCGAGCGUUAGCUUUUUUUAAUUGAAAAAAUGGAGCAGUUGAGGAUCUGGGAGUUUUCUACGAACUAUCCGUUCAAGAGCUUGAUCAAAAUUAAAAUUAGAUAAUAAGAUCUUAAUAAAUAAUGAUAAAAUGCAGAAUUGUUUUUCCAAUAAAAAAAUGCACUUUGAAAUUUUCUCAAAUACACUUGAGAAGCAUCAGUUUAAAAACAGCGAAAUAAAUUUCUUAAAGAAACGCAAUUGAAUCUUGGCUACGUGGAAUUGCGAACCGUAGAAGUCGAGAAAACUUAUGUUCCACUUUUAAAACUUUUUAUUCAUGUUUAAGUAAACUCAAUGAAUAGCACGUAUCAGUUUUUGUAGAACUUAUUAAUCAAAUAAGAUCAGAAAAGCAUUCGUUAGGGGGACCAGUCGUGAAUCUGCUGAUAAUCGACGAUUCUACAUCAGACUUCAAGGGGUCUAAAUAGGAGCACCUUUACAAGCUUUGACGUUGCGCCGAUAAGACAUGAAGUCUUAUUUAAUGAGAACGGCCGCGAGCGAUCCGUACCUAGAACAAGGUGCGAACAUGCAUAGUUAACAUUAAAGCGGCUUUCUAAUUAGCUACUACUCGCGUGUUUCCCGACUUGAUGAUGCAUUAACUUUGUCGACUCGUUUAUCCGCCCCGAACUUGUUUGCAUGGAGAACGUAAGAUACGAUGAUGAAAGCUCCCGUUGCCGACCGUUGGCAUUUAAGUCGGCGAUUUAUACGUGCGUCGAAUGCGAUGCAUAAUAAUUCGUUAUAAUUAUUAUAACUAUGGAAUGAAUUACGAUCGGCGAGCGAACAUCCCCCCUCGCUCGAAUCAAUCGAUAUCGAAUGCCGGAUAUCGCGGUAAGACAAGUCACUUCUAAAGGACACGCUCCGUCAGUUACGGAUGCGAUUGCACGUAACCCUCGGCGACGUGCAGCUGUUCGAAAUAAACGUGAUCUGAACUUGGUAAAAUAUCUUUAAAAUAUACUCAUGAGAUUUGACUCGCAAUUUGAUUCGCUUUAUAGCUUUAAGAUGCGUUUAUAAAUUCAUAAUUAUGUAUU